UUAUUGAAGAUGAGGAAAGUUUCAAUGUGUUGCUGUCACAUGACAGCGACGGGCAAUCCAGAGCAAGCUUGAAAUUACCAACUGCUUUGCGACUUUCACUCAACAGCUUCAGCCUUUCGCCGUCCAACUUCCUACCACACAUUGGACGAAGUUCACAAAAUGCCACCUCGAUUACCACUUUCCGCUGUCCUCAGGGCCAACUCUACAGCAUGGAGUAGAAGCUACGCAACAAACCACCGAAUACCUCUAGCCUUCGACCUCCACGAACCUGCCAAUCCAGCAUCCAAAGCUCCUCCAGCCAUAAUAUUCAUGCACGGGCUCUUCGGAUCCAAGAAGAACAAUAGGAGCAUGAGUAAAGCUCUUGCAAGAGAUCUAGGACGGCCGGUAUAUGCUGUGGACCUCCGAAAUCAUGGCGACUCACCCCACAAUCCGUACCACGACUAUUUUUCUAUGGCAGACGAUGUUGCGGGUUUUAUAGAUGAGCACAAGCUUCAGGAUACAACAUUAAUAGGGCAUUCGAUGGGCGCAAAGACAGCUAUGACAUUAGCUCUAAAAGAGCCAGACUUAAUCGCAGACGUCGUUUCAGUCGACAAUGCUCCAUUAGAUGCCGCUCUACUCAGCAAUUUCGGCAAAUACAUACAAGGCAUGAAGAAAAUCGAAGAAGCAGGCGUAACACGGCAAGCCGAGGCGGACAAGAUAUUGCAAGACUACGAAGAGUCUUUGCCUAUACGACAAUUCCUGCUUGGAAAUCUACAUCGACCCGCAGACGAAAAGACCCAGAAGUUCAAGGUGCCGUUGAGGAUAUUAGCAUCGACUUUGGAUAAUCUUGGGGACUUUCCUUACAAGAAUCCAGGUGAAGUGCGGUUCGAGAAGCGAGCAUUGUUUGUUCGAGGGACGCAGAGCAAAUACGUUCCAGACGAAGCAUUGCCAAUAAUAGGACAAUUCUUUCCUCGAUUUGAGUUGGCGGAUAUUGAUGCUGGGCACUGGGUGAUCUCGGAACAGCCAGAAGCUUUUAGAAGAGUGGUCGUAGACUUCCUCAAACCUAAGGAAUAGAAGAAAAUGUACAAUCUAUGUGUAUAAGGGUAUCAUGCCCAUCCAAUCCAAUCCCAUGCGAUUGCAUCCGUGAAACUCCAUGUAGUCUACACCAUCCAAUACAACGCUU